ACGCAACAACCUGUUUUUUGUAAUAUAAGAACGACAGUGCAUCAGAUGUUCUCGGCCAGACUUGGACGUAUCUUUUUGACUUGAGCAGGAGGACAAGAUGGCCUUUCCCCUGUAUUUUUCCAUGGAAACGUGGACUUUAAUAGCCAUUGUCAUUGCUCUGCUGGUACUAUAUGGAAAUGCACCCUAUGGCUUUUUCAAGAAAAUAGGGAUCAAAGGUCCCAAACCGUUGCCAUAUAUUGGAACAUUUUUGGAGUACCGGAAGGGCAUCCAUAAUUUUGACAUGAAAUGUUUUCAGAAGUAUGGAAGGGUGUGGGGGUUGUACGAUGGCAGACAGCCUAUCAUGGCUACAGUGGACACAGCUAUGAUCAAAACUGUCUUGGUUAAGGAGUGUUAUUCUGUCUUCACCAACAGACGGGAUCUUGGCCUAAAUGGACCUUUAAAUGAUGCAGUUUCAAUCGUAGAAGAUGACCACUGGAAGAGGAUACGCAGCGUACUCUCGCCGUCAUUCACAAGUGGUCGACUGAAAGAGAUGUAUGGAAUAAUGUUGCAACACUCAAGUAAUUUGAUCAAGAGUCUUCAGAAGAAAGCAGAGGCAGAUGAGGUCAUUGAAGUCAAAGAAGUUUUUGGACCUUACAGUAUGGAUGUUGUGACCAGCACUGCCUUCAGUGUGGACAUUGACUCUAUUAACCAUCCCUCUGAUCCAUUUGUGUCGAACAUUAAGAAAAUGGUCAAGUUCAACUUCUUGAAUCCCUUGAUUGUGCUUAUUGUUGUUUUUCCAUUUCUGCGGCCAGUGAUUGAGAAGAUGGACGUGUCACUCUUCCCAGCUGAUGUGUUGGCUUUCUUCUAUAACUUCCUAAAGACCAUCAAAUCAGACCGGAACAAAAAUGAUCACAAGAACCGAGUGGAUUUCAUGCAGUUGAUGGUGGACUCUCAGAUGUCAGAAUCCAGCACAGGAGAUGCAAGCAACCAGAAAGGUCUGACUGAUCAUGAAAUCCUCUCUCAGGCCAUGAUUUUCAUCUUUGCUGGCUAUGAAACAAGUAGCAGCUCACUGUGCUUUGUAGCCUAUAAUCUAGCAACGCACCCUCAUAUCCAAAAGGCUCUGCAAAAGGAGAUUGAUGAAACAUUUCCAGACAAGGCUCGACCAAACUAUGAAGACCUGAUGCAGAUGGAGUACCUGGAUAUGGUAGUGAAUGAGUCAGCAAGGCUGUACCCUAUCGCGAAUCGACUGGAAAGGGUUGCAAAGACUUCAGUGGAAGUCAACGGCGUGACCAUUCCUAAGCAAACUGUGGUAAUGGUACCAAUUUACGUUCUUCACCGUGACCCUUCCUUAUGGCCUGAACCUGACUCUUUCAAACCUGAAAGAUUUGGUAAAGAGAACAAAGACAACAUCGACCCUUACGCCUUCUUGCCAUUUGGAGCAGGGCCAAGGAACUGUAUUGGCAUGCGAUUUGCUCUGCUGAUGAUGAAGUUGUCUUUAGUGGAGAUCCUGCAGAGCUUCAGCUUUGUCACCUGCAAGGAAACGGACAUUCCAAUGGAGUUGUCAAAUGACGGUUUUACAUCACCUAAGAAUCCCAUCAAACUGAAACUAGUGGCAAGAGAAGCUGCUGCAGAUUGUGCUUCAAGAGAAAUGUGAUUAUCUGUAACGUGCUUUAAAAAAUAUAAUUUUACAACAAUGACAUGGGACAAAGACAAAGAAACUUAAAUGAAUUAACAAACAGUAAAACUUGCACAUUGCUGCACACAAUUAACAACCAACUUUAGGGUAUACUUUUGUCAACUACACCAAUGCCAUCUUUGAUUGAAAUUUGUUGCAAAUCCAAUCACAUAUUUUUUUUCUUGAGGCUGCAGCUACAUUCACGCAAUUUAUUAUACACAAUCUAGACAUUGCACUAACAAGAAGAGAUUAAGUUGAGAGACAGUUAAAAGUAAAGAGAAGUUAAAGAAAGAUACUUUUUUUUAAACAAGAUUAACACCAGCAGUGGUGUAAGUACUGUGCAUAAAAAACGAUUCUUUACAUCAUAAUGCAAACCUUUGCACACUAUGCAACACAUUCUCUUUCUCUUAAUAAAUUGUAUACCUUCAAACAAGAACAUUGUUUCAUGGCACUGUGUGACCUCCUAUACUCUUUUACAUGCCUCUUCAUCAGUCAUAAGAAAAAGUAAAAACUGAAUAACAACCAAAUAAAUAUUCAUAUUUGUCAA